UUCCACAGAUAAAAAAUGUCAGAUCAAACAGUACUACAGCCGGGUUUGAACAUCAAGCCGGUAAUUGACCACGAAAGUGUAAAACUCCUCGUGGAGCGGCUCUAUGGCAUCUCUGUUCUCGAGUUGACUGAACUAAAUGGUUAUGACGACAAGAACUAUAAAAUUAUAGAGGACCCCAAUAUGAAGAAUCCGCUGAUAACCAACCAUUGCCCUCACGGGUACGUCUUGAAGAUUAUGAACUCUAUGGACUCGAAGAAUGUUAGUCUGGUGGAGGCGCAGAACGAAAUUAUGAACUUUUUGUUAACGCGCUCAGUAACCUGCCCCAAACCGAUACGCAACGUGUACGGGCACUUGCACUCAAUAGAGACGAUCGGGGGCAAGGGGCACGCGGUCAGACUGCUGGAGUACGUCCCCGGGGAGCUGCUGAAGGACGUGCCCCAGAGCGAGGCGCUCCAAUACCAGCUCGGCGAGUUCGUCGCUAACCUGGACAAUAAGCUGCAGAAUUUCAACCACUCCGGGCUGGUCACCCGGGAGCACAUCUGGAUGCUCUCGAAGGUCCCGGAACUGGAGAAAUUCAAAUAUGUUAUCAAGGAUGCCGAGAAACUGGAUCUGGUUGAAGAGGUGAUCGAGGAGUUCAAAUACGCAGUUGUCCCUCAUCUGGAAGAGCUGGAGAAGGGCGUGAUCCAUGGGGACGUUAAUGAGAUGAAUGUUGUGGUGUCUGCUAAACCUGGAGCAAGCCAAACAGACUAUCGCAUAACGGGUAUCCUAGACUUCGGGGACAUCCAGUACUCCUACUAUGUCUUCGAGCUGGCAAUCACAAUGACAUACACGAUGUUAAUGAGCGGCGACCUGAGGAGCGGCGGGAUCGUGCUGGCGGGGUACUGUGUGAACAGACGCCUGCCUGAUAUGGAGUAUCGGCUUUUGAAGACGUUGAUCUCAGCCCGCCUAGUCCAAAGCCUAACUCUAGGCGCCUAUUCGAUCGCCCAAGACCCAAGCAAUGCCUAUGUAUCAUCUACAGAAAAAGCAAAUGGAUGGGAAUUACUGAAAAAGCUGAGGAAAACCAAACCAGACCCUGAUGACGAUCCUACUGAUUGGAAAGCUAUUGCCAAUGAGUAUUUGACUAGAAGCUAAAUAUUAUAAAAAUAAAGAUAAUAAUAUGUUUGCAAUAGGUUACAUAUUAUUUUAAUAUUGUAUACUAAUUAUUGAUACUGUAAUAACUGUGAGCCCCGAGCGGCCCGAUCGGUCCACGACACAAUAGAUUUUCUAUUGUGUCUGUGAUUCCGGGGGCUGAGUUAAUAAUAAUUCAUUGAAAAAAGAAUAAUAAGA